CCUGGAAUCAGAAACACUUCCUGUUUCUAGACAGUCCUUUGAAAAACAAACCAAAUGUCCAUGCGUUUUAAUGUCAAUGACACGAUAGCUAAAUCAUGUAUGUACUACAUUGUUCUAGGCAAUUUGUCUCUCAGAUACUUUCACAUAAUGUUCUUCGAGGGUAUACUGGUGUCGUUAGAGGUGCGUGUUUAAUUUCAAAAGCGCGACGCAGUACAACAUUUUUGUAUCGACGUUAUACAUGUCUUGCCUCUCAACAAUUGCAUCCACAUCUCUCUGCAUUUUACAACGGUAUUAGACGAUAUUACGCCGAUUUACAUAAUGAAGAGAAUGUUUUGAAGUCGGACAGCCCUGGCAAGCUUCUGGCACAACAAGAUGAAUAUGAGAUGCAGAGUGACUCAAGCCAAAGAAACCCACAGGAGGACUUUAACAUCACCGUGUUGGUUUCCCUGCUCCGCCAGGAGAAUGCAGCAGACAUCUGUGUCAUCAAGGUGCCUGAGGACAUCAAGUACACAGACUACUUCAUCGUUGUCAGCGGGUCCUCCUCAAGACACCUCCGUGCCAUGGCCCUCUACGCCAUUAAAGUGUACAAAUAUAUGAAGAAAGAUGGGGACCCACAUGCCAAGAUUGAGGGAAAGGAUGCAGAAGACUGGAUGUGCAUUGACUUUGGAAGGAUGGUGGUCCACUUCAUGCUACCAGAGACCAGAGAGGUGUAUGAACUGGAGAAGCUGUGGACACUACGUUCUCUUGAUGAACAGUUGAGCUCCAUCCCUGUUGAGACGCUUCCAGAGGACUUCAUAUAUGGAGCCGAUGUCAAUGUCACCAAGUGACUCAACAAUUAAAGAACUGUUGAAACUG